AUGGUCCUAUUAGCAAGGUAUCUGGGCCGCUCCGCCCGGACGCUGGCCCAAAGAUGCCCAAUCGCCAUUCAACGCCGUCCUUUCUCUGCCUCGCCCUCGACAUUCCUCCCCGAAGACCCCCCAGACCCGGUGCAGCCGAAGGACCCUCGCCCCGAAGACCUGCCGAAGGCGCCGGAGUACUCGCCAGACUUAUUGUCCCCGGAGGAGCGUCAGUACUAUGAUCUGUUGUCUCCGGAAGAGCGCAAGGAAUUCGACGAGGAGCAGCGCAAAGCCGUCGAGCAAUUCAACGACAUCAAAGCGCGAAAGGCGAUGUGGGAAGAGAUCGACAAACAGGUAGCCAGUCUUGACCGACAAAUUCCUCUGAGGUACGCGGAACCUCUUGGAAAGCCCCGAGGAUUCUGGGCAAGGAACGAAGAUGAUGAGUUUGGCAUUGUGGAGGACGAGGAUGAUUUCCAUAACGACGAUAUCACGUCCAUGGCGCAUGCGGAGGUCGAAUUACAUCGUGAAGUAAGAGAAUACGCGCGGAUCACCGCAUGGGACAUGCCACACCUAAGCAAACUGGCCAAACCCUUCACCCUUCCCCCCGAAACCCACAUCCUCCGCUUCCGCUACACCACAUACAUGGGCGAAUCCCACCCAGCCGAAACCAAAGUCGUUGUUGAACUCGCCAGCAGCGAUCUCGUCCCCAAGUACCUCACCGAGGCCCAGCGCCAAACACUCCUCAAAAUAGCCGGCCCCCGGUACAAUCCACAGACAGAUAUUAUCCGCAUGUCCUGCGAGAAAUUCGACACCCGCGCCCAGAACAAGCGCUACCUAGGCGACCUCAUCGGCACACUUCUUAAGGAAGCUAAGGAGGGUGACUCAUUCGCCGACGUACCCCUCGACCUCCGCCACCACAAACCAAAGAAGACGCUGCAGUUCCCGCAGGAAUGGAUCGUGACAGAGGAGCGCAAGCAGCAGCUGGAGGCUACCCGGGCUGAGCGGAAGCGCCUUGCGAUGCAGAAAUCGGGCGUUGUGGACGGUAACUCGGUCAUUGCGGAGGCAGUUAAGGUUAUCCCCGCUCUGAAUCCCGCUCUGAAGGCCCAUGCGGCUGCAGAACGUGAGAAGGUUGCUAUGAGGUUCGGAGCUCAGGCUAAGCAAAGGCUACGCUAG